UUUCAUCGCAAUGAAGACAUGAAGGCCAUUGAUGUGCUUCCUAUCCUCAAGGAGAAGGUGGCCUUCCUCUCAGGAGGCAGAGACAGACGAGGAGGUCCUGUUCUCACAUUCCCAGCACGGAGCAACCAUGAUAGAAUACGAGCAGAAGACCUGCGCCGGCUCGUAGCCUACUUGGCCACAAUCCCAAGUGAGGAAGUGGUCAGACAUGGCUUCACAGUUAUUGUGGACAUGCGUGGCUCCAAAUGGGACAGCAUCAAGCCUCUGCUGAAGAUCUUACAGGAGUCCUUCCCAUCCUGCAUCCACGUUGCCCUCAUCAUCAAGCCAGAUAAUUUCUGGCAGAAGCAGAGGACCAACUUUGGCAGCUCCAAGUUUGAGUUUGAGACAGUAAUGGUCUCCUUAGAAGGUUUAUCCAAAAUCGUCGACCCAUCGCAGCUGACAGCGGACUUUGAUGGCAGCUUAGAGUACAACCAUGAUGAUUGGAUUGAGGUGCGGCUAUCAUUUGAGACUUUUGCCAGCGAUGCAGCACGAGCUUUGGCACGACUCGAGGAGCUGCAGGAAACUUUGUCCCAGCGAGAUCUCCCACGGGACCUGGAGGGGGCUAGGCGUCUUAUGGAAGAACAUGCGGCACUAAAGAAGAGGGCCACUAAAGCCUCAGUAGAGGAGUUGGACACACAGGGACGCAGGCUGCUUCAGAGGCUACAGUCCCAAACUGUGGGAAGCGGGAGUAGUGUUGAAAGCGUGUUUGGGAACCGAAUUGGAGGUGCAAGUGGGGAAUCCAAUGAUCACCAUCAUGGUUUCUACACGCAUGCCGAUGCUCACAACCUUGGAACCAAAGUGACUAAUUUACUGGAUAAGCUUCACGGGACGCGUCAGAAUCUGCAACAGCUGUGGCACAUGAGGAAGCUAAAACUGGACCAGUGUUUCCAGCUACGUCUUUUCGAGCAAGAUGCAGAAAAGAUGUUCGACUGGAUCAUGCACAAUAAGGGGCUUUUCCUCACCAGCUACACGGAAAUCGGGGGUAACCACCAGCAUGCUGUUGAACUGCAGACCCAGCACAACCACUUUGCAAUGAACUGCAUGAAUGUGUACGUGAACAUCAACCGGAUUAUGUCAGUAGGGAAUCGGCUCCUGGAAUCAGGCCACUAUGCCUCCCAGCAGAUCCAGCAGAUUUCAGGCCAGUUGGAGCAGGAGUGGAAGGCCUUUGCUGCAGCACUGGACGAACGCAGCACCCUCCUAGAGAUGUCAGCCAGCUUCCAUCAAAAAGCCGAUCAGUACAUGAGUAAAGUGGAGCCAUGGUGUAAAGCUUGUGGUGAAGGAGACUUGCCUUCAGAACUCCAAGACCUGGAGGACACAAUCCACCGCCAUCAGGGCCUAUAUGAGCACAUUACCUCUGCAUACUCUGAGGUGAGCCAAGAUGGGAAGUCUCUUCUGGACAAACUACAGCGACCUUUGACCCCAGGGAGCACAGAUUCUUUGAUGGCAUCAGCUAACUAUUCUAAGGCGGUUCACCAUGUCCUGGAUAUUAUCCAUGAGGUGCUCCAUCAUCAGAGGCAACUUGAGAACAUCUGGCAGCAUCGCAAAGUUCGCCUUCACCAACGUCUGCAACUGUGUGUUUUCCAGCAAGAUGUACAGCAAGUACUAGACUGGAUAGAAAACCAUGGUGAGGCUUUCCUCAGUAAACACACUGGCGUCGGGAAGUCUUUGCACAGAGCGCGAGCGCUGCAGAAGAGACAUGAGGACUUUGAAGAGGUUGCACAGAACACCUACACUAAUGCUGACAAGCUGCUCGAGGCAGCAGAGCAGUUGGCUCAAACCGGAGAAUGUGACCCCGAGGAAAUUUACCAGGCUGCCCACCAGCUUGAAGAUCGCAUUCAGGACUUCGUGCGACGUGUGGAACAACGCAAGGUUCUGUUGGAUAUGUCGGUUUCCUUCCACACACACGUCAAAGAGCUGUGGACUUGGUUGGAGGAGCUUCAGAAGGAACUGCUGGAUGAUGUGUAUGCAGAGUCUGUGGAGGCAGUGCAGGAUUUGAUCAAACGUUUUGGUCAGCAACAACAGACCACCCUACAAGCGACUGUCAAUGUCAUUAAGGAAGGUGAAGACCUCAUACAGCAGCUCAGAGACUCUGCCAUUUCAAGCAACAAGACCCCCCACAACAGCUCCAUGGCGCACAUCGAGAGUGUGCUACAGCAGCUGGAUGAGGCUCAGGGCCAGAUGGAGGAGCUUUUCCAGGAGCGGAAGAUCAAACUGGAACUCUUCCUUCAGCUUCGCAUCUUUGAGAGAGAUGCCAUUGAUGUAAUCUCUGACCUAGAGUCAUGGAAUGAAGAACUGACCCAGCAGAUGAGUGACUUUGACACAGAGGAUCUGACACUGGCUGAACAGAGGCUUCAGCACCACGCAGACAAGGCACUCACCAUGAACAACCUCACCUUUGACGUUAUCCAUCAAGGCCAAGAGUUGCUUCAGUACGUCACAGAAGUCCAAGCAUCUGGCGUGGAGCUGUUAUGUGACCGAGAUGUGGACAUGGCCACCCGCGUUCAGGAUCUCCUGGAGUUUCUCCACGAGAAGCAGCAGGAGCUGGACCUAGCAGCCGAGCAACACCGCAGGCAUUUGGAGCAGUGUGUCCAGUUAAGACACCUUCAGGCUGAGGUCAAACAGGUGCUGGGCUGGAUCCGCAAUGGCGAGUCAAUGCUGAACGCUGGGCUGAUCACGGCUAGUUCGUUACAAGAGGCUGAGCAGUUACAGAAGGAACAUGAACAAUUUCAGCAUGCAAUUGAGAAAACCCAUCAGAGUGCGCUUCAGGUCCAGCAGAAGGCAGAGGGUCUACUUCAGGCUAACCACUAUGACAUGGACAUGAUCCGAGACUGUGCAGAAAAGGUGGCAGACCACUGGCAGCAGCUGAUGCUGAAGAUGGAGGACAGACUCAAACUGGUUAAUGCUUCUGUGGCCUUUUAUAAGACCUCUGAACAAGUGUGCAGUGUGUUGGAAAGCCUGGAGCAGGAGUACAAAAGAGAGGAGGACUGGUGUGGUGGUGCUGAUAAACUGGGCCCUAACAGUGAGUCUGAUCAUGUCACUCCAAUGGUCAGCAAACAUUUGGAGCAGAAGGAGGCUUUUCUCAAAGCCUGCACACUGGCUAGACGCAAUGCUGAUGUCUUCCUUAAGUACCUGCACAGGAACAGUGUCAACAUGCCUGGAAUGUUGUCCCAUGUCAAAGCUCCAGAGACUCAGGUUAAAAACAUCUUAAAUGAAUUGCUGCAGAGAGAGAACAGGGUGCUCCAUUUCUGGACCAUGAGAAAGCGGAGGCUGGAUCAGUGCCAGCAAUAUGUGGUGUUUGAACGCAGUGCCAAGCAGGCCUUGGAGUGGAUCCAUGACACGGGGGAGUUUUACCUGUCCACACACACUUCCACUGGCUCCAGCAUUCACCACACACAGGAGCUUUUAAAAGAGCAUGAAGACUUUCAGAUAACAGCUAAGCAAACCAAAGAGCGUGUAAAGCUGUUGAUCCAGCUGGCUGAUGGUUUUUGUGACAAGGGCCACGCCCAUGCCGUGGAGAUAAAGAAAUGGGUGUCCUCAGUGGACAAGCGCUACAGGGACUUUUCUAUCCGUAUGGACAAAUACAGGACCUGCCUGGAAUCGGCGCUUGGCAUUUCAUCCGACUCCAACAAGGCAAGUAAAGAGCUUCAACUGGACAUCAUCCCAGCUAGUGCUCCGGGUUCAGAGGUCAAGUUGAGAGAUGCUGCCCAUGAACUUAAUGAGGAAAAGAGGAAGUCCGCAAGGAGGAAAGAAUUUAUAAUGGCUGAGUUGAUCCAAACAGAGAAAGCCUACGUCAGAGACCUGCGUGAGUGUAUGGAUACAUAUCUAUGGGAGAUGACCAGUGGUGUGGAGGAAAUCCCUCCAGGCAUUGUCAACAAGGAGCACAUCAUCUUUGGGAACAUGCAAGACCUCUAUGAGUUUCAUCACAACAUCUUCUUGAAAGAGUUGGAGAAAUAUGAGCAGCUUCCAGAGGAUGUGGGUCAUUGUUUUGUUACCUGGGCUGACAAGUUUCAGAUGUACGUAAACUAUUGUAAGAACAAGCCAGACUCCACGCAGCUCAUAUUGGAACAUGCUGGCCCCUAUUUUGAUGAAAUCCAGCAAAGACAUCGCCUUGCCAAUUCUAUCUCAUCUUACUUGAUCAAACCUGUCCAAAGAAUAACAAAGUACCAACUGCUUCUAAAGGAACUGUUGACAUGCUGUGAGGAAGGAAAAGGAGAAAUCAAGGACGGUCUUGAGGUGAUGCUAAGUGUUCCCAAAAGAGCCAAUGAUGCCAUGCACCUCUCCAUGCUAGAUGGGUUCGAUGGGAACAUAGACUCACAAGGAGAACUGAUUCUUCAAGAGUCCUUCCAGGUUUGGGAUCCUAAAACUUUGAUCCGAAAAGGCAGAGACCGCCACCUUUUCCUCUUCGAGAUGUCACUGGUUUUUAGUAAAGAAGUAAAAGAUUCCAACGGGCGUAGCAAGUACCUUUACAAGAGCAAGCUGUUUACAUCAGAGCUCGGAGUCACAGAGCAUGUGGAAGGAGAUCCUUGUAAAUUUGCCCUCUGGGUAGGCAGAACCCCAACCUCGGACAACAAGAUCGUGCUUAAGGGUUCAAGCAUUGAAAACAAGCAGGACUGGAUCAAACACAUUCGUGAGGUCAUUCAAGAGCGAACAGUCCAUCUGCGCGGUGCUCUGAAGGAGCCCAUUCACAUCCCCAAAGCCACCACCACCAAGCAUAAAGGCAGACGAGAUGGAGAAGAGCUAGACAGCCAAGGAGACGCUAGCAGUCAACCAGACACCAUCUCAAUUGCCUCAAGGACAUCCCAGAACACACUGGACAGUGAUAAGCUGUCGGGUGGUUGCGAGCUGACAGUGGUCAUCCAUGACUUUGUGGGCAGCAACGGUGGCACCAGUGGGGAGCUGACAGUGCGACGAGGCCAGACAGUCGAGGUUCUGGAGCGACUCCAUGAUAAACCGGACUGGUGCCUGGUCCGGACCACGGACCGUUCUCCCGCUCAAGAGGGCAUCGUUCCAUGUUCCAUGCUCUGCAUCGCACACUCCAGGUCAUCCAUGGAGAUGGAAGGGCUCUUCAACCACAAAGAUACCUUGUCUGUAUCCAACAAUGACACAUUACAGCCAGGCUCCAGCCAAACCUUGGGCCCUCAUAGCUCACCAGGACCAAAGCGUCCAGGGAACACAUUAAGGAAAUGGCUGACCAGUCCCGUACGGCGGCUGAGCUCUGGCAAGGCAGAUGGUCAUGUGAAAAAGCUGGCCCACAAACACAAAAAGAACCGUGAAGGUCCACGGAAGAACCUGGAUGUUAUGCAAGGUCCUCAGAAAGACUCUGACGACAGUGCAGCCACGCCACAGGAUGAGACACUAGAGGAGCGCAUGCGUAAUGAAGGACUGAGCAGUGGUACGCUCUCCAAGUCUUCAUCAUCAGGCAUGCAGAGCUGUGGAGAGGAGGAAGGUGAGGAGGGUGCUGACGCUGUCCCGCUUCCUCCCCCGAUGGCCAUCCAGCAACACAGUCUGCUGCAGCCUGACACCCAGGAUGAUAAGUCUGCGUCCCGACUGUCUGGUCGGCCUAGCAGCUCAGAGACGCCCAGUGCUGCUGAACUGGUCAGUGCCAUAGAAGAACUGGUCAAAAGCAAGAUGUCACUGGAGGAUCGUCCCAGUUCUCUAUCUGUGGAGCAAGGUGACAGCAGUUCUCCUUCCCUAAACCCUUCUGACAACUCCCUCCUCUCAUCCUCUUCGCCCAUGGAAGAGUUGGACGAACGCAAAUCCGGCUUCCUCAAGAGAAGACAUUAUGUCUUAUUAGAGUUGGUGGAGACUGAACGAGACUAUGUCAGAGACUUGGGAUCAGUUGUGGAGGGUUACAUGAGCAGAAUGAAAGAGGAAGGUGUUCCAGAUGACAUGCGAGGAAAAGACAAGAUUGUCUUUGGAAACAUCCAUCAGAUUUAUGAUUGGCACAAAGAUUUUUUCUUGGGAGAGAUUGAAAAGUGUUUAGAGGAUCCUGACAGACUUGCUUCUUUAUUUGUCAAACAGGAGCGCAGGUUUCACAUGUACAUCGUAUACUGCCAAAACAAGCCAAAAUCGGAGCACAUUGUGUCAGAAUACAUUGACACUUAUUUUGAAGAGCUCAAGCAGCGAUUAGGUCACAGGUUGCAGAUCACUGAUCUGCUUAUCAAACCUGUCCAGCGCAUAAUGAAAUACCAGUUAUUACUAAAGGAUCUUCUCAAGGUUUGUAAGAAGGCUGGAAUGGAUUCCUCAGAGCUCGAGAAAGCUGUAGAGGUGAUGUGUGUUGUCCCUAAGCGCUGCAACGACAUGAUGAAUGUUGGCCGCCUUCAAGGCUUUGAUGGGAAAAUUGUGGCACAGGGCAGAUUGCUCCUGCAAGACACUUUCUUGGUUUCAGACCAGGAUGGGGGACUUUUGUCAAGAAUGAAGGAAAGGAGAGUCUUUCUUUUUGAGCAGAUUGUUAUAUUUAGUGAACCCAUAGACAAGAAAAAGGGCUUCUCUACUCCUGGCUACCUCUUCAAGAACAGCAUCAAGGUGAGCUGGCUUGGUCUGGAAGAAAAUGCAGAAGACCACUGCAAAUUCACACUAACCUCCAGGUCAUCUAGUGGCAAUGUGGAGAGGUAUACCCUCCAUUCAGCAAGCCCUGGAGUCAGUCAGAUCUGGCUUCACCAGGUCAGCCAGAUUCUGGAAAACCAGCGCAAUUUCCUUAAUGCUCUGACGUCACCCAUUGAGUACCAAAGGAACCACGUGAGUGGCAGUGGGCCUGGGGGAGGUGGCGGCGGUGGCUCCGGAGGAUCAGGAGGCAGCUCCACUUCACUUUGUGGCCCACGCUCCAGACCGUCAAGAAUUCCUCAACCGUCCUCCCGCCUACCCCAGCCCGUCCACCACCACCACCACCCAGGCCCUGAGGGGCCUGACAGAUCAGCAGGUAUGUGGUCACCCAGCCAGCCCCAGUCCAAUCCCGCUAGCCUGUAUUCAGACACCGUCUCAAAUGGCAAGAUAUUAAAUUCUGAGGUCUACAAAAUGGAGGUGCCAGAUGGUAGUGAUGGAGAAAACUCUAAUAACAGUAGCAAACCACUAGGUAGCUUGGAAAAAGGAGUCAGGCAGGGUCCAGGAGGUUGUGAAGAAACCCAAAAACCUCAACCAGUCGCUGUCCCACAAAUGGCUGUCGCACCUCUGCAUUUGGGCCUUAAGAAUCAUCGAGUCAAGACAGUCUCACCUCUGGUUUCACCCCAGUCUCCUGGAAGUGUCAAGGAAGCUUUUGUCUCCACCAGCCAGUCUCACAAAGGCAACUCUUUCUGGGGUACAGUCCCGUCAGUGCCUCCUUCUCCUAAUAGCCGACCAAGUUCCUGCCUUGGUGAUGGUAUUGGUGGAGGGGACUCAUUCAGCAGAGGGAGCCACGGGAUUCCUGCUCAUCAUCGCAACUCCACCCACAGUAAGGAUUUAGACCGCGUGAGCACAUGCUCCUCCACCAGCGAGCAGUCCAUUCACUCCACCCAAAGUAACGGGAGUGAAAGUAGUAGCAGCAGCAGCAGUGUGUCCACCAUGUUGGUUACCCAAGACUAUGUGGCAGUGAAGGAGGAUGAGAUCAGUGUGGCACAGGGUGAGGUUGUCCAAAUACUAGCCAGCAACCAGCAAAACAUGUUCUUGGUAUACCGAGCUGCCAAUGAGCAUUGCCCUGCAGCUGAGGGAUGGAUUCCUGGCUUUGUAUUAGGACAUACUUCAUCCUCUACUACACCUGAUUUCCCAGAGGGAACCAUCAAAAAAUCCGUAUCAUGGCAUACUGCGCUUCGCAUUCGCCGCAAGUCAGAGAAAAGAGACAAGGACGGUAGGAAAUUGGAGAAUGGCUACCGUAAAUCUCAGGACAACUUGGCUAACAAAGUCUCUGGCAAGCUUCUGAAUCCCAACUUCAUCAGUGAUGCUCCUCCAGAGUUCCUCAUUCCACUUUGUGAUGUAGCAUGCGAGAGUGGUGAAAGUGUUACUCUUAGAUGCAAGAUAAGUGGCCGGCCACGAGCCACUGUCACCUGGCGAGGUCCGGACAACAACACUCUUAGCAACAAUGGGCAAUACAGCAUCACCUACAGUGAGACAGGAGAGGCGACGCUGUGUAUCCUGGGGGUGACUAUGGAGGACAACGGAAGAUACACUUGUGUUGCUAUGAAUGUAACAGGUUCUGUCACCUCCUCUGCCAGCCUCAGAGUAUCAGGAAGCCCUGAUGAUAGCAACAAUGCAAUUUGGAAACGUGGUUUUGAGUCCCACUACACUGAUAUUUCUGAACUUGGAAGAGGCCGCUUCUCAGUGACCAAGAGGUGCGACCAGAGAGGCAGCAAAUGGACUGUGGCGGCGAAACAUGUAAACAAGAAGCUGAUGCGUCGAGAACAAGUGCUGCAGGAGGUCAAACUCCUCCAAACUGUGGAUCAUCCAAACCUGGUCCGCUUCCUGGACACGUAUGAGACGACCAACAGUUAUGUUCUUAUAUUAGAGAUGGCAGACCAAGGACGUUUCCUAGAUUACAUCGUGAGCUGGGGAAAUCUGACAGAGGAGAAAGUAGCCCUGUAUCUCAGAGACAUUCUGGAAGCGCUCCAGUACCUACACGGCUGGAGGAUAGUGCACCUUGAUCUCAAACCCGAGAACAUUGUUGUAGAACAGGUGUCUUCCCAGCCUGUGGUGAAGCUCACUGACUUUGGUGAUGCUGUUCAGCUAAACCCACCAUCCACCUACAUUCAUCCUCUUUUAGGGAGCCCAGAGUUCUCUGCCCCCGAGCUUGUCCUGGGUCAGCCUGCCUCUCUGAUGUCCGACAUAUGGAGCUUAGGUGUGUUGACCUACGUUGUGCUCAGCGGUGCGUCGCCUUUCCUAGACGAGAGUCUGGAGGAGACGUGUCUGAACAUCUGCCGACUGGAUUUCAGCUUCCCCGAGGACUACUUUGAUGGCGUGAGCACAGCUGCCCGCGACUUUGUGUGCCUGCUCCUGCAAGGGGAGCCUGAGCAACGGCCCUCAGCAACGGCUUGCCUGCAGGAACCGUGGCUCCGCCUCCCGGGCGUAGCGGACAGGGACACCGGAUACGCCACUUCCAAUCGCAUGCAGCUUCCCCCGGUCCAGAAUCACACCUCCCAUUUGGAUACGUCCCGGCUCAUUUCCUUCAUCGAGAGGCGGAAACACCUGAAUGACGCCAGGCCCAUCGUGACGUUGAAGACGUUUCUUCAAAGCCGGCUGCUUAAUUAUAUGUGA